GGCGAAAAUUUACAACUUUUAGUUUAGAAUAGUUCCAAUUUUUUUUAAACGAAAUUUUCAUCACCAAAUAAAGAUUUACAUUGAAUCAAUAUAAAGAUUACAGCAAAGUUUUAGCGGAAAGUUAUUUAUAAAGAUAAAGUUUUAGCGGAAAAUUAUUUGCAGCAAGAAUGGACAGAACAAUAAUCGAUACGUACAGAGCAGAAGAAAAAGUGCUUAGUGAACAAGUUCAUAAAAAAUUGGAAACUCUUAUGUUAUUUCAUCAACCAACAUUUGAGUUCAAAAAAUUAUUUGCAGAGGGUUUAUUUUUAAAACCAAAUCAAAAGGCAUUUUUUCAUGUAAUGCAUUUUUUGCUUACGCUUUUUGAUUUAAAUGAGUUUAAAAGACGAUUUUAUUGGCCAAUAGCUGAUAAGAAAUCUGAAGGAAUAUUCAGGACAUCAAUUGUUGAUUAUAUGACAUAUAUAAAUAAAAAAUAUAAUUUACAAUGGAAACACCAGUGGAAUUAUUUAGUGCAAAUGCCUGGAGGAAUCAAAUUUCUAACAUUUUUGAUGGAGUUAACCGACUUUAUUACACGAGAAAUAGUAAAACAAAAGGAGAAAUAUCUCGCCGACAAAAACUACAAAUUGGAAGAGCCUUUUGGAAAAUCCCUUUUGACAAAAUUAAAGUUGCGCCAUCAGUGUUUCAAAAUUAAUUCCUUGCAUUAUGUAGAGUCUUUAGAUAACGCUACAAAAAAAUGUAAGGACAAUAGUGAAAUUAUUAAAAAUACAAUUGAUGAUAUAUUACAAAAGCGUGAAAUGUACUUGGGAAAUUUGUUAAGCGAAGAAUUCGUUAAAAAUUUUGGUGAUUUUUCAAAUGAAGUUCUGAAGACUAGGAUAUCCAGUCGAUUAGAAAAUAUUGCUGCAACUGAGGAUAAUUUGAAAAUAAUUCGAAAAAAUAUAGAAAUUUUCGAUUCACAAAAAAAUAAAUUGAAAUAUGAUGUAGAGAAAUUAGUGAUGUCUGCCAAAUCAUUUUUCCCACAAGAGGAAAUAAUUUCCAAAAAUGAAAUAAAUUUUUUGGUUUUAUCAAAAGUGUUUGUUAACAUUUGUCCUUUCAUUGAUAACUUAUUAAAAACUUUCGAUGAAAAUUCUUUAAGCGUUUUUAACUAUGAAGAGACUGAAUUAAAGAAACUUAACGGAGAAGUUUUGCAAUUGGAUACGGAAGUCAAGAAACUGUUGACAAAUUUAAAUUAUGAAUAUGAAAAUAUAGCUAAAAAUAAGGACUCUUUUGCUCUACAUAAAAAUAAUGCACUUUUUAAUUCUAAUUUGGCCCCAAAACUGUUGUGCACCCCGCCAAUUACCCACUUCAAUAACAAUCAAGUUCAAUUUAGACAUUGCUUGCCUUUGAUGGAAAGUGUCUCACCUCCUACUAUAGAAGAAUUUACGUUUGCAAACAAUCAAACAACAGUAAUGUUUCCUCAAUCCGCACGAAAAUUAAAAAAUGAUACCAAGAACAACAGUAAAAAUCAAAGUAAUAAAAUUCUUGAUCCUUCCGUUUUUUUGAGGAGUUUGAAAAAAACUUCUAAAAAGAAGUCGAAUUUACUAAAUAAAACACAAGAUGCAAGUCUAGCAGAAAUAAAAAAUCAGCAAGUUCCGGUAUGUCUAAUAGAAACUGAAAUUGAAACGAAUGCUAAAUUGUGUUUUGCAAUGAGUAAAACUGUUACAAUGAUCGAAUCACCGAUUUAUGCUGAAAAACCUGAAUUCAGCAAAAGAAAAUUAUUUUUAGAUAGACCACAUAAAUUGAGUAAAGCUAUCAAAGGAUCACCCAAUUUUUUAUUAAAUGGAAAUCCAUUAGAUCUAAGUUUAACAAAAAUGAGCACAUCCCCUUCUGGGAGAUUAGAUCCCCUAAUUAAAUUUGAUAAAAAUAGUUUUACGAAAAUAAUGUCUGAUUUAGAAGUUUUAGAACUGGAUGAUGAUGCUAUAAUUGCUAAGGGUGCUGACACAUCUGGUACUUUCAAUAUAACGGAUGUUAAUGAUUCUUUGUUCAACGUUAGUGAUAGCAUUUUAAAAGAUCUUCCGGUGUAAAAUAUAUUUAAAUUGCGUCUUAAUAAAAAACAACUGCGGAUAAUUUUUUCUAUUUAAUUUCUUUUUUAAAACUAAAAUGAAAAUGCAGAUAAAUACAUGUAUCUUCAUUUGUAAAACAACCUUUCACAAAUUGAAUUUUUUAAAUUUAACAUGUUC